GGAGACUUACGGAGAAAUGAUUGCCGUCAAUUGACAGUUAGCUAGCAGGCUACCAAACAAGUUACCUCUCAUCGAAAGCUAGAAAAGCUAGAAGUAGCUAAGUGCGCAGUUCCUAUGAGAGACGUAUGUGGUUCAUCUAAACGCGCUGUUCUCUAAAAAAUGGAUGGGGGUACAAAAGAUAUAACAGAGAGAUAUAUUUACAUGUGUGCCUUCCUACUUGUCGGACUCACGGCUAUUCAUUCUGGAAAUUGCGCACUAACUCAGAAUUCCGGUGAGGAUAUCUUCACUAUCCGGCAUGUGAGCGUGGGCCAGUGCCUGCAGGCGGAGCCUCAGGGCGUGCGGGUGGGGGCCUGCAGGGGGGCUCCGGCGGAGCAGUGGAAGUGGGGAUGGGGGAACCGCCUGUUCCACGUGGACACCGCCCGCUGCCUGGGCCUCCAGCCCAACGCGGUGACCCCCACGCUGCUCAGCUGCAACUCCAGUGGCGACAUGCUUUCAUGGCACUGUGAGGAGGAGGCCGUCUACAUCAGGUCAGAGCUCUACCUGUCAGCGGCCAACGGGACCGUCGCCGUUCAGAAGGACAGGGCACCCGAGGGAUGGACAAGGGGCAACUCCUCAGAGUGCAUCUGCCAUCGUCCGUACAAGGUCGUACACACCACCAAGGGGAACUCCUUCGGGGAGCCCUGUGUGUUUCCGUUCCUGUACGACGGGACCUGGUUCCACGGGUGUUUCCCCGACGAGUUAGACGAAAACUAUACCCGGUGCUCGACGACGUCCGACUAUGACACGGACAGGAAGUGGGGCAUCUGCUUAAACUACGAGGAAGGCUGUGGGCCCCUGUGGAGUCCAAGCGACUCGGGAAACUGCUACCAGAGCAAUACAGAGGCCAUGGUGUCCUGGCACGAGGCGCGGGCUUCCUGCUGGAGCCAGGGCGCAGACCUGCUCAGCGUCUCCAGCCCGGCGGAGCUGGCGCCCGUCAACGUCACAGACCACCCAAGGCUGAUGUGGAUCGGACUGAACCAGCUGAACAUGGCUCAGGGUUGGCAGUGGUCGGAUGGUUCUCCCCUCACGCUUGCCUACUGGAACAAAGGGAUGACAGAGGUGUCGGCGCUGACGGAGUCGGACUGCGCGGCGGUGACCCCAGAGGGACGCUGGGAGAAGACGGCGUGUGACAGGAAGCUGCCCUACAUCUGCGAGAAGGCGGCCAGUCGGACACAGCCUGAGAACCCGUGGGUGCUGAAGGCCACAAAGUGUCCGGCGGGCUGGUUUGCGUGGAACGGGUUCUGCUACCAGCUGAGCAAGGAGCCCCAGAGCCAGGCGGACACCGUGUUCAGAUGUGGGAAGGACAAGGCCUUGCUAGCCAGCAUAGCAUCCCUGGCAGAGGUGGAGGCCAUCAGCACAGAAUUCCACAAUUCCACUGUGGGCGUCUUUGACGUCUGGAUUGGCCUGAUGAGUCAGAAGAGCCCGCCCCUCUUCCAGUGGAUGGACAACACCUCCGUCUCUUUCACCUACUGGGCCAGGAACGAACCCACCGCCCCCAGUGAAAGCAGCUCCACCUGUGUGUCUUACUCCGGCAAGUUUCACCAGUGGAAAGUCACCCCGUGUGGGAAUAAACUGCGGUACCUGUGUAAGAAGAGGGGCCAGGACUUGGGGACAGUGGUCCGUGCAGGCUGCCCGUCUGAUGGUGACUGGGUGAGACACGGCAACGCGUGUUACAAAGUGGACACCAAACCAGUGCUCUUCAAAGACAGGUGUGACCUCACCAUAAUGAACAGGUUCGAGCAGGCCUUCAUCAGCAGCCUGAUCAGGGAAAAGAGAGAGACCCAGUAUUACUGGACCGGGCUUCAGGACAUCAACAACACUGGAGAGUAUCACUGGAGCACCAGAGAGAUCCCAAUCGACCGGGUCACUUACACCAACUGGGCCCCGAACGAGCCAGGUCGGGGUGGACAGUGUGCUGUGAUGUCCAGUGGAAAGCUGGGCCAGUGGGAGCUGAAGGACUGCACUCUGUUCAGAGCCGGUUCUGUCUGUAAGAAGGAGAUUGGACCGCACACAGCUCCAGAACCCGAGCCGGAUCUCAGUGCCCCCUGCCCCUCUGGAUGGGACUCCAAACCCGACCUCCACUACUGCUACAAGGUGUUUCACGAAGAGAGGCUGAGCCGCAAGCGCUCAUGGGAAGAGGCGGAGCGCUUCUGUGAGGCUCUGGGGGCCCACCUGCCCAGCUUCACCGAACAGGACGAGUUCAGCUCCCUGCAUGGAAUCCUGAGGGACAAAAUCAGCAGUGACCGGUUCUUCUGGGUCGGGCUGAACCGCAGAAACCCGAUACUUGACGGGGAAAGCCCCUGGGAGUGGAGCGAUGGAAGGCCGGUGUCCACCUUUCUGUUGCACAACAUUCAUGAAGACGACGAAUACAAUCGCGACUGUUUGGCGCUCAAGGUGGUGAAGUGGAGACGCUACCCCAGCCUCCUCAUCUCCCUGCUCCAUGGUUACACAGAACAAGCCUACCUGGCCACGCCCUUCACCUGCGACGCCCAGCUGGAGUGGGUGUGCCAGAUCCCCCGAGGCAGUACUCCACUGACGCCUACAUGGUUUAACCCACAUGGGCACCACGAAUCAUCGAUAUUUGUGGACGGGAAGGAGUUCUGGUUCGUGAACGAAACGGCGCUCUCGCACGAGGAAGCCGAACUGUACUGCUCCAGCAACGACAGCAAGCUGGCAGAACCGCGGAGCUUCAGCACAGUCAGACAGAUCCACGACAAACUGGCCCAGCUCUCGAGCGGCAGGAUGAGCUGGUGGGUUAACAUCGAGGACAUGCGGAACCUCUACCCAUGGUCAAUGAGAGGAAUGUACUAUCAUUACUAUCAGUCGAGGUUCCUUGACAGAUGCUCUGCAUUGAGUUCUACAUCCAUAAUGCCUGACUACCCCUACAGCUGCGGCCAGCGGCUUCCGUUCGUGUGCGAGAAAAUCAACGUCACGUCUGUGGAGAAGGACCCUCGUCCACACCCCAAGGGCCUGCCAUGCAAAGAGGGUGAACUGGCCUUCAAGGAUAAGUGCUACAUGGUGAGGACGAGGCGGUACCUGCGCUUUGACAAAGCCAACGAACACUGCAUGAAGGAUGGGGGAAGUCUUCUCACCAUCUCCAGCCAAAUCGAGCAAGAUUUCAUCUCCUCCCUCUCGGACCAGCCCAAUAAGUCCUGGAUCGGCCUGAGGUCCAGCAACCAGGAGUGGGAGUGGGUGGACGAUUCACCCGUCACCUUCAGCAACUUCAACCCCCUUCUUCACGGACAGCUGCGCUUAAUGCCAGUCAAUAUUUUGGAUCCAGAUCAUAUGGCGCUGUGUGUGUUCAUGUACCACGGCCCCAACGCUGCGAUGAUGGGCUCCUGGGAUUUCUCCAGCUGUCAGGAUGAGCAGUACGUCUCAGUGUGUCAGCGUUACGCAGACAAACCAGAGGAGCCCUGGGUUCCUGAAGGUAGGUUCCAGGUGAAGGAGCACACGUACAAAAUCCUACAGAAGAGCAUGACAUGGUUCAUGGCGCGGGACGAGUGUGGGAAAGAGGACAUGGACCUGGCCAGCAUUUCGGACAUCUACCAGCAGGUCAACCUCUCAGUGACCGCCAGCAGAUUCAACGGCUCCCUGUGGAUCGGCCUCUUCAGCGAAGAUGAUGGAAUCCACUACCGCUGGACGGACCAGACCCACACAUCGUUCAGCCGCUGGUACCCCGAGCCCACCAGUGGGCGCUGUGUCUACCUGGACACCGAUGGCUUCUGGAAGGCCACCGACUGUGAGGAGGAGCUGCCAGGAGCCAUCUGUCACGUCCCUCGAGAUGACCAUGCUGAGUUGCCCCCAGAGCAUUCAAAAGUAAAAUGUCCUCACAAAGCCAACGGGCCCAACUGGAUUCCGUUUGGGAGUCACUGCUACACCUUCCAGCUGGCAGCAUCACGGUGGGACAGUUACGCCAAGAAUGUCCGAGAAACGUGCAAGAACUUAGACCCUGAUGCUGAAAUCUUAACCAUCCGAAACGAGACUGAGAAUGAGUUUGUGAGACAGCAGUUCCAGCAUUUCAAAGAUCUGGCGGAUUUUGUGUGGGUCGGAGUGUUUAACGACAGCACUGAUAAUAAGCUGAAAUGGUACGAUGGCACCUACGUCCAGUACUCCAACUGGAAGGACGGAAGGCCCAACGUGACCGACUCGUUCAUGGCCGGCCUCAACGCAGAAGGCCUCUGGGAGUUAGUCAAGAAUCAGCGCUACUAUGCGCGCUUCAGGCAGCUAACUAUCGUUGCCUGCAAACUCGACUACGAUUCAAAAGAGGAUUUCAGCAAAAACGUGCACGAUUACAAGGAGUAUGGCAACCUGAACUACAGCGUGAUCCAGGAGAAGCUGACGUGGUACGAGGCGUUGCGGAAGUGCGGGACCAGGGGAGGGCACCUGGCCAGCGUUCACGACAUGCAGCAGGAUGCCCACCUGGAGCUCCUCGCCAAGACCGACGGCUUCCCGCUGUGGAUCGGCCUCUCCAGUCAGGACGACCGGGGCUCCCCGCGCGAGUGGUCAGACGGGACGGUGUUCGACUACAAGCCGGCGGCGUACACCCACUCAGACCCCGAAGGCAACUGCAUCCUCGUGAACACCAGAGGAGCCUGGGAGCGGAGGAACUGCUCGUCUGUGCAGGAGGGAGCCAUCUGCUACCACAACACCACCCCCAGGUCAAGCCCUCAGUCCUCCCCUGCUUCCGGUAACUGCCCCCAGGGCAUGGGAACCUCUAAGUGGAUCCAGUACAAAGACCACUGCUACGCGUUUGACAUGACCUUCUACAACUACUCAGUGUUCACCAUGGAGGACGCCAAGGCCGUCUGUGGGAGGCUGGACACAUCGUCGCAGCUCCUGACCAUAAAGGACAGGGACGAGAACAGCUUCGUCUCCAGAUAUGUGACGGAAGACCCCCUCAUCACCAGUCGUGUCUGGCUCGGGUUGGACCUGGAAAAGAAGGGUAAGUGGGUGGACGGUUCCACCGUGGACUUCGAUAACUGGGAUGCAAGCUCAGUGAAGGACACGGGGCUCGGCUGCGCCGCCAUGAUCUCCGCAAACGGCGGCGUCUGGAGCCGGGUCAGCUGCAGUCAGAGCCGCAGCCGAAUCGUCUGCAAAGCGCCCGUCCGGUCACGCGGCACAUCCGUCGCCCUAGCCUUCUUUCUGAUCACCGUGGUAACGCUUCUCGCCGCAGCGGCGUUUGUCAUAUACAAGAAAAACAGGUCACGCUUCACCUCUACAAUACGGUACCAAAGAAACUUCGACGAAUGCGACACCACCAGCAUAAUAACUGACACCGAGUGAGAGUGUCUAAUACAGCUUCAGUGAAAUUAAUCGAUUGUGUGCCUUGGCUUAAUAAAGACUCAUUAAUUAGUACAUGUGUGUCAGACACCACAGACACUCCCUAAACAUGUCUCUGAAUGUAUUAACAUUACAAACCUAUGCAGAGCACACAUUUAUAGACCUCUAUACAGUCAACCUGCAAGCCUAUCCAGUGUGCACCUCUGACAUCUCUGGCAAAGAUAAAUUAUUACCAAUGACCGCCCCGGAGAACGUGAAAAGAUCUCCAUUUUGAAUGUUUUUAAUUUCUCCUCUCUUAACUGUUUGUGUGUUUUGUUUUAAUGAAAGGGGUGCGUGAGUGAAAUUUAGCCGUAAUAUUGGUGGAAGGCAUGCGGGUACAUCCUGAGACCCCGCCCACCCACUCUUGGGUAGUGUUCUGUGUGUGAAGGCUGUCAGGGUUUCUCCGCCUCUUAGAACAAAGCACUGAGAUUCAUGUAAAUGUUUAACAUAAAUGUGUGAUUGUAUUACUAGCCAUAGCUUUCUGUUUGGAAAUGUUCUAAUUACAGAAUGUCAUUUGAUUUAUUUGUUAUUUAAUAAAUUAUUUGAUGUAAUGAUGGCAGGUCACAUGACUCAAACAGCAUUGACACACCUGUUUAAAUUUUGCUUUUGUUAACCGUAGGUCUGGGUUCAGAUGUUUUUGUGAGAGACUGGAUUGUUUACUUUUGAACUUUUAUUAUGAUGACAUAUUUCUGUUUUAAAUGAGGUGUGUUGUAAAUCUACAGUAUAAAAGUGUCCAAAUCCCUUGAAACCAAACAGUGCUUUAUCAAAAAUUUCAUAGAUGCAUUGAUUGAUUU